GGUCCGCCCGUCCCCGAGCCCCGCGCUGCCGUGCGCCAGCCGCGCCUGUGCUCCAGGGAAAGCCGGCGGAGGAGGAAGAGGAUCGGGUCACGGCUGGGAUGAUUGAAAGUUUAUUCCCCGGCCAGUGCCGCCUUUGUUUUGUGCGCGAAGUCGUUUGUGAGCCGCCCGGUCUGAAGAUACGGCUGAAAAGUAUAUCUGCUAAGGUUAAUGUUUGCCUCUGAUCUUCUGUUACUGAAACGAGAUAUUGUCCAAAUGCUUACGUAAGGAUAUCGUGCUGAAUCCAACGCCUGGGCAGUCUGCUAUAUAACUUCUUUUUUUUAACUGCCAAAGCCAAAGUGUCGGGUGGUCUAUGGAUGGAUAAGGAGUGAAAGCAGGAAACAGUUGUCACAACUCGCCUGUCAAAAUCAAUUUACUAGUUUUUUUAGACUCAGUUGUUUGGAAGGUAAAAUCCAACUGCAAAUUAUGGCUCAUCGAUUUUCAAAGGAGGAAUUAGAUGAGCAGUUUGAAGAGUUUCUGAAAGAGUCUCUUUCAGAUGAUUCACUUGGAAAUUCAAAGAAAAAGUCCAGCAUUCUUGAGAAUUUGGGACAGCCCAGGAGAAAAGAAAAGAAGAAAAAGGAUUCAGUGCCCUGGUGGUUAUCUGAGGAAGACUCGGAUGAUGGUGGAAUGCUUGAAGCCAAUGGAAACUUUGUCAAGAUGCGGAACACUUCACAGCCUGUGGGAGAAAGUAAUGAAAAUAUGGAUGUGGAAAAGAUGCAGCUUCAGAAAAGUAGUGGAGAUGCUGUCUCUCUGAGUAGAGACAGUCUGGAAACAAAUGAUUCAGUUUUAGCUUCCGGGCCUAAUCAAAGUAUUGUAGGAGUUGGAUUGGAUACCUUGGAAGAACAAGAAGAAAAAGAGAUCUUCUUUGCCAAGCUUGAACGAGAAGCUUCUUCUACUAUUGAUUAUUCAAGAUUAAAUAAAGAGCUGGAUUCCAAUGAUUCUGUCAUACUAGCACCAUUUGAACGAAAUGAAAAUGCUGAAAAAGAAGAAGAACCUGCGCAUGAAGAGAAAUCUGGUAGCUACAGUGAAGAUUUUGAAGAAGAAACAGAUACUAAUCCUGCCCUUAAAACUGAGGGAGAUCAGGUGAAUCAAAACAUCGUAUCAGAAGGUGAUUUAAGUCCUCAAGAACAGGAAGAAGCAAACACUGGCAUGCUGGCUAAAGUUGUAUUCCUUGAUUCACAAGAUUCGACUGUAGAGCUUCAGAAGGCCAUUGAAACAUCAGAUGUAGCUCCAGGCAAACAUGAUCAGCCUGAAGAAGUCAGUGCAGUUGAAAUGAAUGAAGCAGGUACUUCCAAUGGCCAAACCACUGAUGACAUGGAAGUGCUAUACCAGGCAUAUCAUCACAUUGAUCAGUCUUUGGGCGACACUGAUGAGCAGAAACCACAGAAUUCUGCAGUGGCAGCCUCAGAAGGCUUAGGGCAAAGCAUUCCACAGAAUAAUGACAUCUAUGCAAAAAACAUGUCAACUGUUGAUUCAGAUUUACCUACUGUGGAAGAAUUGAUGAAAACAAUUAAAGGACAUAUGUGUAAUACCAGAAAUUUUGAUGUGGACCCUGAACGUCCUGUGAAACUGGUAGGCAGCACAGAAAAUGACCUCAUUAGCCACUUACCUUUUGAAGACCCACAGAGUAGUACAUCUUGGGAGAAAAACUUUGUUGAAAAGUUUAACAGAGAAGAAAGCAUCUUUCUACAGACAAACGUGAAUGACAGUAACUUUCAGAGGAUGACUGAGAAAGAAAUUCAGACCAAUGAAGUACAGCCUGAUAGACUAAGAGAAAAAAUAGGACAAGACUCUCUGCUUUCACAAGGAAGCAGAACUAAAAAAGCUCUUCGGUCUUGUUCCUUGAAGAAUGAAAGAUCAGAAUCAAUGUCAACCAAAUCAAUGUUAUAUAAGAAUAUUAGACCAGCACCUGUACAUAAAAAGAAACCUUCACACGGUCCUCAUGGAUUGGUUAGAAGUUCUGGCUAUGGGAAGCCAUGUUUACUUUCAAAGCAGUCUUUUCCAGUCAGUGAAAAGAAAACACCAAAAGAAACUUUCAAAAAGACCUGUACGAAAGCCAUAAGUUCUGCAGAUAGAGCAAAAUCUAAAGAAGCCUUAUUUGCUACUAGGAUAAUAAGAUCUGCAGCAAAUGAACCAACUUUGGAGGGCAAUAUUAACAGAGUUUUGUCUGGCCAAUCAGUUAGUAAUCUUGGACACCAGGCUGUGGAUUGUAACAGGCAGUAUCAUCAUGACUUAUCAUUUUCCCCUUUCAAAAGCUGUGAUAGAGAGCUGUAUUUGUUAAAACGAGUACAAGCAGCAGAGGAGGACCUGAACAGAGCUCGGGAUUUGAUUCAGCAGCUGGCCAGCAAACUUUCACAAAAAGAGAAGGAGAUGGAGACCAAGGUAGCAGAACUGAAAACAGAACAUGAAAAGGAGCUUUCCCGUCUGGGUCAAGAAAACUAUGUUCUUCAGAGUAAGCUAAGAAGUAUGGAAGAGAUUACCCAAGAAAAGAGGUGGACCAAUGUAGCAACAAUUCCUAUAACUGAGGAAAAACUGGCCCAAAUACAAAAAGAGAUUCAAGAUCAAGAGGUCAUUAUUCAAGGUUACCAACAGGAAAAUGAGAGGUUAUAUAAACAAAUGAAAGAGCUACAAAUCCAAAACAAAAAAAAUGAGGAACGAAUGUUUAAGGAGAAUCAGUGCUUAAAGUCUGAAUUAAUACAGUUAAGAGAAAAGAUAGAGAAGAUUAACAACCAGUCACGAGUCAUGCAGGACUCUGAAUCAGCCAGAAAUCAGAGUUUCACAGAACUGAUUUCAGAGCUUCGAGCAGCACAGAAAGAAGAAGCUAAAUUACAAGAAGAGAUAAGACGUCUAAAACAAGAUAAGCAAGCUCUUGAGGUAGACUUGGUACAAGCCAGGAAAGAGAGAGAUUUAGCCAAAGUCCAGAUUGCAUCUGCAUCAAGUGAGAAGUCUUAUGAAUUUAAAGUUAUGGAAGAAUCGUACAAACAGGAAAUUACUCAUUUAAAAAAAAGACUUCAGUGGUAUGCGGAAAAUCAAGAUCUUCUGGAUAAAGAUGCAGCCCGUCUUAAAGAUGCAAGAGAAGAAAUUGAGAAACUAAGACUAGAGGUUGAGAAGCUCAGAGCUGAAGCAGGAGAUCAGUGUGUGCAACAGAAGAAACGUUUGCGAGACAGAGCAGCAGAUGCUAAAAGAAUUCAGGAUCUUGAGCGACAAAUCAGAGAAAUGGAAGGAAUUCUAAAAAGAAGGUAUCCAAAUUCUUUGCCUGCUUUGAUUUUUGCUGCUGCUGCUGCUGAGAAAACAAAUGAUCUUUCAGCUAAAACAAACACAGUUGAAUUUUUGGAGAGAAGAAUAAAGAAAUUAGAAACAGAACUUGAAGGUAAAGAUGAUGAAGCUAAGAAAAGCCUUCGUGCCAUGGAACAACAGUUUCAAAAAAUAAAGAUACAGUAUGAACAAAGACUUGCAGAGCUUGAGGAACUACUUGCCUGUGAAUUUAUGAAUGAAACACCAAAACUGAAUGGCGAUAAAGCCACUUCUGCAGAACUUGAACAGGAGCUUCAGAAUCUAAAGAAGACCCAUCAGAUCACUGUUGGAAACCUCCAAACAGAAAUUGAAAAUCUUAAAAGUCAAAAUUCCCAAUUAAAACUCAGAAGUAAAAAUGAUAAUAAAGACUUAGAGUCCAUGGACUCUAAGAUGAAACAAGGUAGCACAAAAGACAGGUUGUUAAAACUAAAUGAAGAGCUGGUCACCAAAAAUAGAGAAAUACAAGACCUCACAAAAACUGUGGAGAAACUUCAAAAAGAAAGGAUGGUGAUGUUGUCUGAUGAUAAUUUGAGAAAUAAAACAAACACUAAUGGGAACUCUACCGAGGUCUUGAAAAAUAAUACCUCAGCAACAGAUAAAAGAAAUUCCAACAACACUGAACCCUGUCUAAGCAUUUUCAAUGAUGACAAAAUACACCAACCACAUACCUUUUCUGAUUCUCAUCUCUUGGAAGUUUUGCAAGAAAAUGCACAUCUGAGAACGGAACUGGAGAAAUUGUCCCUGGAAAUGAGCCAGCAGAAGGUGCAGUCUCAAGCAGCACUGGCUUAUUCUGAAAGUAACAUACGAAGGAUACAGGAAGACGCAGCAGAAUGCAUUGCAUCUCUGAAAGCUUCCCACCAGAGGGAAGUAGAGAAGAUUGUUUGCCAGCAUGCAAAGGAGCAUUCUACUUCUAAAGUAGCUGAGCUAAAGAACAGAAUUUCAACACAGGAGAUAUUAAUAAAACAUCUUCAAGAACAACUUGGUGAACAAGAGAGACAUCAAGAAGCUCUUUUAGUUUCACAGAUAAGAGAGCAACUCCUACAAAAAGAGGUGACAAAAUUGUUGGAAGAACUGAGAGACGCUAGAGAGAGCCAGAGUCCUGAAAUGAAACAUUUCUUGUGCCUGGAAAAGAAAAUCAAGCAUAUAGAGAGCAGACAUGCAGAAAGAGAGCGUAUAAUUCAAAAGGCAACCCAACUAGGACAACACAUUUCUGAAGUAAGGCAAACCCAGGAGGCUGAGAAGUGGCGAAAGCUGGCACAGCAGAAGAAUCAGGAACUGGAGAAAUUUCGAAUAGAGUUGGAUUCAAUACUGGAUGUUUUACGUGAACUGCAGAAACAAGGUGUCGUUAUUCCUGCACCUGAUUCCAGUGGAUUCAGAGUGACAGACAGCUGUUAGAAGACAUGAUUAGGUAGUAGUUAAAUAGAGAAGCAGAAUUUUAAUAUUCAAAGUUAUGUAUAGAAAUGUUAUUGAAAAUCAUUAUUGUAACAUAUAUUAAUUGUAUUGCAUUCUGGUCUUCUCUGGAAUCUCUCAUGUCCAGAGGCAGAUUUGCAUUAAGCAAUACUGUAUGUCUUCUAUUUUAUUAGUAAUAAAUUUACAUAUUUAUUAGUAAUAAAUUUUACAUAUUUUUAAUAACAGGAAUAUUGAGAUUAUUCCAUAAAUUCAACUACCAUUGAAAAGUUUCCUUUUUCACAGACUGUAGAACAUGCCUGAAUAUUUUUAAGUUUGUUUUCUAACGUGUCUUAUAGUAAUUCCUUUGUGAAAAAUUUGAGUAGUAAGCAUUUUGGUUUGGCUAUGUUUAGUGUAUAGCAUUGAUGUAUUUCAUUCCAUAGGACAGGAAAAGCAUCUUUUUCUAACAUUUGCUUCUCUCCCUCAAAUUAAUAUAAUAUUCCUUCCCUUAAGACCACUUUGCACUUUAGUGAAUGAUUGAAGGGCUGGAACAGAGCAGGCAUUCCUGGUGGUGCUCACAUUCAAGCUGUUCUUUGUUUCCUUUUCAGAUUAUUCCAGCUGUGUUGGUAAGACUGAUGGCAGAGUGGGUCUGGCUAAAUUCUUACAGGGCAGAUACAGAAAAAAACCUAUAAAAUGCAAUGUGAGUAUAGUUAUUGGUGUCCCUUUUAAAAGGGAAGGCUGUAUUGAUAAGGUUUUUACAAUGGGCUGUUCAGGAUCUGACACAGUAAGUACCUCUGUAGGUGAUCUUGACAUGCUAAGAGACCAGUCAGAUGUGAAGACAGUGUGCUAAAGCUUAGACUUCAGGGAUGUGUAGGCGGGGAAAUUUGGAAUUAAAAUAUUGAGCAAGAUAGGAAAGGGGCCAGGGGAAAAAAAAUAAAAGAAAAAUAAAAAGCAGAAAAGGAAAAAAAAAGCCACCCAACCAAAAACAAGACCAAAAUACCAAAUGUGGAGGUAACUUCCUGCUGAACUAACAGGCAUCAUGGCAGGUAACACCCUGAAUGUUGGAGGCUGUUGCUUUCUCCCUCUCCUCAGGCCCUGCCAGUUACACACCUGUGCUGUAGAGCUGGUACAUAGGAGCAAUUCCUGCUGCAGCACAAAUUUGUAUCUUAGGGUGCUACACUUUUGGUCUCUUCUUUCAAGAAAGAGAUGGAUGCAGUGGAGGGAGAGAAGAAUCAUCACUCCAGGAAAUGUAGCCCUAGGAACCUCUGAAGCCAUAGGAACUGCACUUUUCCAGAGAGGAACCUGGGGGGGAUGAUGAGCAUGGCUAUUACACUUAACAUAUAUGAAAAACCUGCUGCUAAAAGCAAGAAGCAGCAUUUAAAAUGAAGGAAAUUCAUAAUAGAUGAUGAUAGCUAUUUGGUGGUUGGAAGGCAUGCUUUCCCAAUAAAUCAGUAGAUUAUUAGUUCGAAGCUUCAGUGGCUGCAAGUCCUUAAGAAUUCCAAAGCACAAUAUUGAGGUUGCAUCUCAAUAAUCUCUACUUAUUUAGGGCAAAGAGAAGAUGAAAGCUAGAAUGUACUACUUAGGUCCCUAAGGACCUGCUGGAUUGGUUGAACAUAGUGUAAGUCAGAUGUGAAAUAGUUCAGGUCUGUGCUUGUGUGUUUAUGUAUUGUGUUCUUCAGGGACCAGCAGUAAAUGGCAUUUUAUCUCACAAAAGCAUGUGGCAUAGCAUGCAUAUAAAACAAAAGAGUAUAACAAAUUAUACCAUUUAGUGCAAGGAUUUUUCUUUUUGGCACAUACACAAAUAUAAAAUGAACCUGUAUACACAUAUACAUAGAUAUUUAAAAAGGAUGGUUGGUUGCUAAUUAAUAUGGAAAUCUUGACUGUUUCAUGUUCAGAUGUUUUCAGUGUUUUUAUUUGGCCACUAUCUAACAAAGUAUUAGUCUAUAUUUAUAAAAUGUGUAAAUAUAAAAGUGCUUUGUAUAUAAAAUAUAAGCUAUGUGUAAAUAUAAUGCAUUUUCUUGAUUUGGGUCUGUUUUGCAAAUGAAAAGGAUACAAAUUUAAUCAUUUCAACUAAUUUAUUUCCUUUAAAAUUUGCUAUAUGUGUAACACUGUAUUAAAGUGUGUGACCUGAA